AUGUCCUCCAGUUCUUGCAUCACGGAGCCUUGGAGAGGAGCCGCCAUCAAGGUGGACCUGCCGGACAAGGCCUUUGAGGCCUGCUGGGAGAAGGUGGAGAAGAACGAAGGCCCCACUGGCUCCCUGGGUGGGCCCGCUCACGCCGGCACUGACGACCGCGAGGCGAAGCCAUGUGAGGGGUUCGGGAUCCUCCCUGAAGACCUGAAGAUCCCCGUCGUGUUUCAGCCCUUGUCUCCUGCCGCCCCCGUGCAGAUCCAAGACCCGCUGCCGCAGGAGCUGAUCCAUGUGACGAAAGCGCCGGUGACAGCAGUGCCGCUUAAAAUGCAGCCUUUGCUAAGGCCUUCAGUAAAGACUGAAACUAAAAAUGUUCCCCUCACAGUACUGCCCUCUGAUUCAGGUAUGCCAGAUACUCCAUUUAGCAAGGACAAAAGUGGCCAUGUAAAGCGUCCAAUGAACGCGUUUAUGGUGUGGGCGAGGAUUCAUCGGCCCGCCCUAGCAAAAGCUAACCCAACUGCCAAUAACGCAGAAAUCAGUGUUCAGCUUGGACUGGAGUGGAGCAAACUGACUGAAGAGCAGAAGCAGCCCUAUUAUGAUGAAGCUCACAAAAUAAAACAAAAGCACAGAGAGGAAUUUCCUGGUUGGAUUUAUCAACCACGACCAGGCAAAAAGAAGCGUUUUCCACUGCCAGUCUCUGCUGUAUUUUCCGGCACUUCUCAGAGUAUCAUCUCUACAAAUCCAUCUGGCAUUUGUCCCUUCCAGUCACCUGCUUACUCUGUUGUCAUCCCCAAUGUUAAGAACAGUAUUGGACAUCCAGUCUGUGAGUCUCCUGCCAUCCGUCUGCCGGCUUCUUCCAUUCAACCUGCUGGUCCAAUUACUCUUCUCCGGACUACUAGUGCAAGCACAGCAUCAGUGGCUGUUCCAGCUCCAGCCCUGACCCUGCGCCCCAUAAUUUCACCACAGCACUUUGCCGAACCUGCUCAAACAGAAGCUUUUGGUGUAUCAUCUGGGCUCAAUUGCUCUCCGAAGAGACCUACACCAGUUUUCAUGGAGAGCUUCGGCAGAAGCCCAAGUAACAUAACCAACGCUAGUGGCACGUUUUCUGUCCCUAACAGUGAGCCCCCAAAGGAGUGCCCAGGGGUUUCUGUUUUUCCUAGAGGGAUACCUCUUCCCCAAGCUACCCCUUUUCUUCACUCACGUCUCUAUGGGCCCCCUCCCGUUGGUCAGCCAGCCAGCCUGUUUGGAGUACCUCCUCGGUUUUCAUUUCACCACCCUUACUUUGUAUCUGGACCUCACUAUUUCCCCUCAAGCACAUGCCCAUUCAGCCGACCGCCAUUUGGCUGUGGGAACUUCUCCAGCUCAGUGCCUGAAUGCCUUGGCUUUUAUGAAGACAAGUACCCAAGAGAGGAGGUGAUGUUUUCAGCUCUGGAUGGAAACUAUCCUUUCAAGGAAUGCUCAGCAGAAAGUAUACACGAGGGCCGCGGCAGCUGUGAGGGCCCUGGAGUAGUGUCCUGCCACAGCAGCUGCAAUGAGGAGCGGUAUUUGAGCCCCCUGCCACAGCUGGACGUCGGAGCAUUGCAGGAGGUUUUGUCACCCCCAGCCACUCCCUCCAGUGUCCACCUCAUCAAUGUAAUUGACAGCGACGAGGAAGAGGAAGUAAAGUUGUUGCAAGAAUUGUAA